AUGCAUGGGGGCCAGUUGGGCGGCCUGCGCCUGGCGCUGGCCCUGCUGCUGGUCGGGCUUGCCAUGGCCCGGGCUCAACAAGACAUCCAACUGGUGGCGGUGCCGCGGCCCAUGGCAUCCACAGUCGGAGGCCUGCCAGUCCCCCCUUCCACGGAGAUCCUGCCCACGGUUUUGGGAACCCCGGAACUCGAUCUCGUCUGUCCCCUGGUCGACGGACGCCUUGGCCUGUGGAAGCAGUCCAACACCUCUUCCCAUUAUGAAGACUCGCGCAUUGGGGGGUUUUUCAACCUGGCAGCCGGCCCAGUGCACUCCUUCGGGCCUGCGACUUUUCCGUCAUUCGAAAAGCGCUUCCUCGUCCGCGGUCCCGGCAGCACCCCGGCCAUCGUGUUGCAAACGGACAUCGACUACAGGGUCUAUGUGGGCCAGCAGGAAACCGCCAUCCCUCGAUCGUCAGCGGGCGAGCUGCUCGCGGUUCAGUCUACCGCCCCGAAUGGCCACAUUUACCUCCUGAUGCACACCCCGAGCGAGCACCUCUCCGUCACCCGGGUCAACCUCCCCUACGUCAACCCGCUGGAUAUCGGCUUCUUCGGGUCGCUGGACCAGCCGAUCUCGGCGGACUCCGCCGACAUCGGGCUUUUUGCCCUUUCCGAUGGUUCCCGCGUGACUCUGAUCAACGGCGAGUUUGGCUUCAAGACGUCAAACCACUUCUCCGAACCCAUCCUGCACAUGGCUCUGCUCAGUUUCACCGGCCCGCGCGAUAUCGUCCUUCUCUUUAGUCAGGCGCUCCGCUACACGACGGUGUCCGAAACCAAUGAAUUCGGCGUCUGGGGGACAGUGUCGCUGCCGGCCGGCCUGACCAACCCCAAGCGCCUGCUGGGCCUGGAGGUGACCGCGUCCUUCAGCAUCCCGGGGUUUGUCCUGGUUGAGGGGGAUACCCCCGGUGAGAUCUGGCGCCAUCGCGCCUGGGGCGGUGCCACGUGGGAGCGUCUUGUGCUGCCAUUUGCGCCAGCCGGUCCGCCUCCCCUCGGCACCCUGUCCCUGGGGAUGGUAUUGCUCACUUCGGGGCGCGGCGUCCUGAGCCUCUUUUCCGGAAGCCAGGCCUUCCUGGAGCCGGUCGACUUCGAUUGCACCGCCGAUACGUCCAUCGCCUGCCACCCAGCCGGCAACCAAGUCCAUGGCGGGUGGUCCUGCCGUGCCAAUCAUGUUCUCUCGCCCUUCCUCCGGAACAAGGGCCUGUGUGCCGGCUGUGAAAGUGGCUUCUUCCCGACAUCCACUUUGGGCAUCCCCACUUGCCAGGCCUGUCAUUCGGCCAUGUGCAGCGCCUGCCUCCCGACGGGGCGCUGCCUGAUCUGCUCGUCGCCCUUGCUCCUGGAGGAGUACUCAAACCCCGGGAUCAUGCCGACCUGUGUCUUUUCAUGCUCCGCCGGUCGCGUUCCCGUGGGCGGCCGGUGCCUGCCCCCCGCCGGCCCGUCUCCGGUCUUGGAUGUGGCCGAGGAGACCAUCGUUCCCAUCCUCUCGACCGGCCCUUUCUCCGCGCUGAUGGCCACCAACAUGGGCUCCGGGGGGGUAUCCGGCUUCCAGGGGUUCCCCGGGCCUCCCACGGAGGCCGGUCGUCUCCCGCCAGCACCUCGAGUACUGGGCUUUCGUUCGGGCGAAAUGCCGAUCCUGUUGGAUGCUCGUGAUCUUGGUCGCAAUGCCGGCCCGGUCGCCGGGGAGGUCAUCGGCUCGGAAGCCGGCCUGGACAUGCCCCAGAUGGGGGAUGUCGUGUCGGCGGUGCAGCUCGGGCCCUUUGUCGCUAGGGAAAGCAUUUCCUACCAAAUUCUCACCUGCAGCAGUGCCGGCACAACGAGGCUGCUGGCGGGAUCGUGUAACGCGGUCCAGGGGAAUGUGGAGGCCGGCUGCAAGCUUUUCUUCGGGAACCACCUCCUGGCAAUGACUUGCAAGCAUGUGCGACUCAUCCGGUGGAAUAUGGCCAGUGUGUCCGGACCGGAUGGGACCUUCCUGGUGGAGUUCACCAUGCCACGGACCGCCCCGGUCCCGGUGCUCCUGCCGGAAACCUCCGGCCACCCGGCCCUGGGCCUGGUGGAGGUUCCCCAUUAUCCGGGCCUGCCGGAGUGGCUGUUCUUUGCCACCCCCGGCCGGGCUGGCAACUCGGCCUCCCUGCUGCCAUCGAUCCUGGUGCAGAGGGGCGAUGGGCGUGCCAUUGCAUCCUUGGGCAUGGCAUUCCCUGCGCUGCCCCCUGGCACCUGGCAUCCCAUGGUCCUGGACCGGGGCGGCACCCCGGGGCCGGGAUCUCAGGAAUUCCUGCUGACCGGGCUCCACCCCGACACCGGGGCCUGGCGUGCGAUCGUGGCUCCUGGCGGGCCGGCGCUCCAAAUGCGCAGCGCCGCCAUCUCCACCCUCCCCCUGAUGGAGCUGGGCAUCAUCAUCCCCGGGCCGGUGGAGAACUACUCCCUGGCGGCCGUGCGGCUGCCCGGCGCCGGAGACCGCUUCCCCAGCGCGUUGGUUCUCCUGACAACGGACUUCCUCGCGGUGGCCUUGCUCCAGUGCAAUGGUCCGCUGGCCAGCGAAGAGCGCCGGUGCCAGCUGGAGCGUGCCACUGCCCUGGGGCUUCCCCUGCCGCUGGUGAAUCCCCCCCGUGCGUCGGUCAUUUCCCUGACCUCCCAUCCGCCGGGCCCCGGGGAAUUGGCCAAGAUCCUGGUUGCCGAGGGAACGGCCCGGCCCAUGACCGUGACCAUUGGCGCUGGCUCCUGUCCUGACGGCACCUUAUGGCCGGAUUGCGGUCCCUGCCACCCGAAGUGCCGAACAUGCUUCGUGACUGCCACCGAUUGCGGUGUGUGUCAGCAUGCACUUCCACAAUCGCCGGAUGUCUGUCUGGCCAGCUGCCCGGCUGGACUUUAUGCCCGGGACCCGGAUGAUCCACUGUGCCACUGUCAUGUUGAUUGCGUGGCCUGCCAGGAGAGCAGCGUGGCGGGCCACUUUGAAUGCACCUCCUGCCCGCCGGGCAUGGCUCUGCCGGCCAGUCCGGCCGACAGCCCGCCCGACCGAUGCUUCAGCUGCCAUGAGGACUGUGGCGAGUGUCUGGCCCCGGGGGAUCCAACCUCCUGCACCGCCUGCCGGGGUGGCGCCUUUCUGGUGCACGGAGCCGGCACAUGUGUGACUGUGUGUCCGGCGGGCAUGUGGCCUGACACCGCGGCUCGGGUUUGUCGGCCUUGUCCGGCUGGCUGCGCGGCCUGCACCGCUGCCGAUGCCUGCACCGCCUGUGCCGACAAGUACUUCCUGGGCGCCGACGACAUGUGUCACCCGUGUGACGCCUCCUGUGCGCUGUGCUCCGAUCCCGGGUCUUGCGAUGCCUGCGUGCCGGGUUGGGCUUUCCUCUCUCCGAACGCCGGGGUGCCCUCCCUCUGUGGGCUGGCCUGCCUGCCUGGGCAGUAUGUCGACACCGGUGCCGGCCGCUGUGCCACAUGCUCAAGCACAUGUAGCCUGUGCACCGGGUCGGCCGCCAUGUGCGUCGGUUGCUCCGGUGCACACUUCGGCAUCGGCGGGGACCCCUCCCUGGCUCAGCCCCGCGAGUGUGCCCCCUGUGCCAGGGACUGUGCUCUGUGCUCCAAUGCCGAAGUGUGCACCACUUGCAUGUCGGGCUUCUUCCGGCACCAGGGCCAGUGCCUUGCCUCCUGCCCCGAGGGGACGUGGGCCAACUCGAGCACGUCCCAGUGCCAGGCCUGCCCCGCUGGCUGCACCGGCUGCACCGAUGCCACGGCCUGCACCGCCUGUGCCGGUGGGCACUUCCUGAGCCCGGAAACGCGCCUCUGCCGACGGUGUGAUGGCACAUGCGAGCGGUGCUCUUCGGCCUCCGCCUGCCUGGCAUGCCAGCCGGGGAUGCACUUCCUGUCGCCCAAGCCCGAGGUGGAAUCCCUCUGCGGGACAACCUGCGCGCCGGGCGAAUACGUCGGGGCCGGGCGAUGCGGCCAGUGCGAUCAAUCUUGCGCUCUCUGUGUCAAUGGCCCGGAGGCGUGCUCCGUGUGCGCCCCGGGCUUCCGGUGGGAUGGGCCAUCGCCGGCGGCCGGCGCCACCGGUCGCUGCGUCCAAUGCCCGGAUCAUUGUGACUCCUGCACACAGCUGGACUUCUGCCUCUCCUGCGAGGGGGGCUUUUUCCUGACCCACCAGGGUGCCUGUCUGUCCGGCUGUCCGGCGGGCUCCUUCAAUGACGUGGCUUCCGACACCUGCCAGCCAUGCGACCCGAUGUGUGCCACAUGUGCAGGCCCGAGCAGCGCCGAAUGCAUCGCCUGUGCUCCGGGCACCGAGGCCGGGCCCGGGCUUUCGGGCCUGGUCGCCUGCCAGCCCAGCUGCCCCGAGAGCCAGUACUUGGACCCUGUGACGGGGGUGUGCACGGCGUGCGAUGGCUCCUGUGCCACAUGCAAUGGUCCGAGCGAUCGGGACUGCUGGCGCUGUGCGGACGCCAGCGAGGUGGUACAGGAUGGCCGGUGUCGGCAGGAAUGUGCCGAUGGCUUUGUCCCGGCGGCUGGUCGGUGCCUGCCCUGCCACCCGUCGUGCGACCAAUGUUCGCCCACACGCUGUGUGCCUGCCUGCCCGGUGGGCUACAACACAAGUGCCUCCGGCUGUAGCCAAUGCGGGCCGCACUGCAGCAGCUGCUCCGACGCGGCGGAACUGUGCACCCUCUGCGAGCGUGGCUGGCUGCUCCAUUCGGCCGAAUGUGUGGCUUCCUGUCCAUCGAGCACCUUGGCCGAGGGUGGCCUUUGUGCCGCCUGCCAUGGGAGCUGUGCCUCCUGCUAUGGCUCCGGCGUGGGGCAAUGUCUGACCUGUGGCCCGGACACCCCGCUGCAUGUUGCCGGGCACUGCUUCUCUGACUGCCCGGCGGGGAUGUUUGAAAGUGACGGCCUCUGCCUCCCGUGUGAUGGCUCUUGCGCGUCCUGCCUGGAGGUCGGCUCCGAUCGGUGCACCAGCUGCCCUGGCGAUGCGGUCCUUUCCGAGGGAUUCUGCCUUCGGGAGUGCCCUGCGGGGGAGUUUGCCCCCGGCCUGGCGGGCGACCCGGGUCGCGUGUGUGAGUCGUGCCAUGCUUCAUGCCGGACUUGCAACGGCCCAGGGCCCGACGGAUGCACCUCCUGCCUGGGCACCUCGCUCUUUGAGGCCGGCCAUUGUGUGCCUUCCUGCUCCGAUGGCUUCUUCCUCUGCUCGUCAAGCUACUCCUGCGAGCCCUGUCCGGCCGGGUGCACCGCUUGCCAUGCGGCAUCCACCUCCUCUUGUGCGCCGCUGUGUACCUCAUGUGGCCAGGGCUUGCUCCUUUCGCCUCGGGAAAAUGCGUGCGUCCAGCACUGCCCGGCUGGCGAAUUCCUCCAGGAGGGCCAAACCCAUUGCCUUGCCUGCCAUGCCUCUUGUCGGACCUGCAUCGGCGCCGAGACAUUCUGCACCUCGUGCCCCGGGAACUCGCUGUGGCUCCAGAAGGAGGCCGGCAUUUGCGCGUCGGCCUGCCCGGGGACCGGCUUCGUGGAGGCGGUCUUCCCCGGGGCCACGCCGGACCGGGUGUGCCUGGCCUGCCCGGACACGUGCGAGGCGUGCACGACCGAGGGCAUGGCCGGGGCAUGCAAGCUCGGGCCGAGCGGGCGAGUCGAGUGCCCGGUGCCCGGGACCUGCACCCGGUGCGCGUUGGAGCUGCUGCUCCACGGCGGGUCGUGCGUGCCCGCCUGCCCGAGCACCGGGUUCUUCGCCGACUGGGAGGCCUUCCCGCCAGUUUGUCUGGCAUGCGACCGCAGCUGCUCCAUGUGCGAUGGCCCCGGCCGGGAAGAUUGUCUGGAUGGUGCCAAUGUUGACAGGUCCCGACGUCUCGCUCUUGGGCUGGGACUCGGGCUCGGGCUCUUCUUGCUGCUGCUGCUCCUUCUUUUGGUGCUCUUCCUGAGGCGACGCGCUCGUGAUAACAAGGGCCUGUCCGCGGACAGCGUUUCCGAUGAGAAUGCCACGGUCAUGAACACAAUUGUUGAGCUCUCCCUUCCUGGGUCGAUUCUGGUCGAUAUCAACACGGACUUCCGGCCGAUCGAUGAGGGGAACCUGGGCACCGGCACCCAGGGGUCUGUCUACUCGGCGCAGCCCAUGGCCCCGGGGCUGGCCGCGCGUCUGGGCUGCGGGUCGACCGUUGCCAUCAAGGCCCUCCGCGCCACGACCAUGAACGACAGCUGCCUGGCCCUGUUCGAGAACGAGGUGGCCAUCAUGUGGCUCCUUCGCGAUGAGCCGCACAUCAUCCGCCUGCAUGGGUAUUCCGACACCCCGCCGGCUGUGGUGAUGGAGCAGCACCAGGGCACCUUGUUCACUCUUCUCGCCUCGGACAUCGUCCUCGGCCUGCCGGUCCUUCUGGAUAUCAUUCAACAGUGGGCCACCGGACUGGAGGCCAUGCAUGGGCACGGGGUCGCACACCGGGACCUGAAGCCUGACAAUGUGUUUGUCAGCCAGCAGCCCGAUGGGUCUUGGCGCGCGGUGCUCGGGGACCUGGGCACCGCCGUGGACUUGAGUGCUCACCGGUCGUCCACCCUGCUGACCGCCGGUCUGGAGCUCAAUGCCAUGACGGCGCGAUAUGCCUCGCCGGAAGUGAUGCAGGCCUUCCACCGGGGGCGGCCCUUGGCCCGAGACCUCUUCCUGCCGGCGGACGUGUACAGCGCCGCGAUCAUGGCCUGGGAGUGUCUGUCCCGGAAAGUGGCCUUCAAGGGCAUCAAGCUGGCUGCCCUGUUUGAGCAGGUCCCGGCCGGCACUCGACCGGACAUGCACCAGGCCAUCGGGCCCGAGCACAAUGCCGAGCUCCGGGGCAGCCCGUUGGAGGAUUUGCUGCCAUUGGCCUGGGCCGCCCGUGCGGCUGAUCGUCCCUUGGCGGCGUCCUUCCGACAAAAGUGCGCCGCAGCCCACGCCAUGCUCCUCCAAAAGUAGCUUCGCCAAGGCCGAGGAGUCCUCCGAUGUUCGAGACCAUCGAGAGGGGCCAUACAUUAUUGCACAUGGAAAUACACCUUUUCUUGC